AUGGCGGGAAUUACCCAGAUUUCUGAAGCCUCGGCUUUGAUUACUCAGGUGCAGCAGCUCUCGUACGAAUUGGCCAAGCUCAAAGGAGAGUCGGAUGUUCGGAAGCUCCACCAUAAAUAUGGUUACUAUCUGGACAAAUGUCUGUACAAAGAGGUGGCGGACCUCUUCGCCGAUCACCCAGACACAUACGUCCAGUUUCUCAAUGGCCGCUUCCAUGGAAAAGAGGGAGUCAACCGUCUUUACCUUGAGCGAUUUGCAAACAGAUUUGUCAACGGCCGUAACGGACCUAUGGAAGGGUGGCUUCUUGAUCAUCUAAUGGCGCAAGAUAUUAUCGACUUCGAUCCAGAAGCAGGGAGAGCUAAAGGUCGAGCGCGAACGUUGAUGAGCGCGGGCACCCACCAAUCCAUUCCAUCUGAUUUCCCAGGUGGGCUUCGCCAGUGGUGGGAAGGAGGACUGUACGAGAACGAGUACAUCCUGCAGGGUGACAAGUGGAAGAUCCUGCGGCUUCGGUACUACCCAUUUUGGCAUGGUACUUUUGAGUCUGGCUGGAAGAAUUGCACCAACUAUAUCCCCUUGUACAAGGAGACUUUUCCUGUUGAUGUAGUUGGUCCGGAUGAGAUACUUGAUGACGUGUCUCUUUGGCCUGAUACACGAGUCAUUCCUUUUCAUUAUAAGCAUCCUAUCACAGGCGAGGAUGUAGCUGAACCUGAUAUGCAGGCCCCUAAGCUGCGCGAUAUAGGAGAUCCAAGCACUGCCCCACCGGCAAGGACUAUCACAGACUGGGGCUUUUGA